AUGAUGCUUAUCAUCGCGGCUGCGGCCGCCAUCUUCAUUCUCGCCUCUGGUGCGGUGCUGUUGUACGGCGCAGCGAGCAUCCUUGCGGGCGGCUUCUUCCGCUUGGCACUUGGCGCAUUGCUGAUGGGCAUGUCGCUCUCCGUCAUCUUUUCCUCCACCGCAAACAUCCUGCUGGCCACUUUUUCGCGCUACGAUCUGGAGCAGAAGCCGCCGAUACUCUUUCUGCGCAGCUUCCUAGCAGCCAUGGGGCAGCCCACCCUGACAGGGGUUAUUGGUCUGUCGCUGGUGGCGCUGAUUUCGAUGGCGGCCUCAAAGGUGCGGGUGAUGGUGGAGGAGAUGGACAUUCUGAUCCGCUCCCACGCCGCGUACGUAGCGCGUAGCGGUCGGUCGGCUGCAGCGUGA